UUGAAAUUUGCUGAGAAAAGUUCAGCACAGCGAACUUCCUGCCUCGGUUUGCCCGUUCUUCUUGUCACGAACUUGCUUUCUCUUGCCAGUUUUAGGACGCAGUGCUGUUGCUUUUCUCUGCUUGUCCCAGUGCAAGUCCUUUCACAUUGCUUGACGUAGUGCCACUUUCUGCGCAGUGUCCACCAAUAUCCCAAUUUGAUACACAACAAAAAAUUAUUAAUUGAGCACUUCCUCAACAUCCGGCUGUACACACUCCUGAAAGAAAGAGAUAGAGUCGUCUCCGUCCCGCAUUAACAUGGCAGACGCUGGCGCUGGCGGUAAAACUGCCAAGAAGAAUGCCAAACGCCAGGCAGCUAGGGCCAAGAAGCGCUUGUUGGAUACGUCUGAACCUGCUUCAGGGUCUAUGGUUUCUGGUGGAGUGACGUCAGCUGGUGCGGGGCCUAGGUCUGGUCAGCCUUCUAUAGACUCACUGCGGCAAGAAAUGGCUCAGGCCAAAGCUGAUGGGGAUGUAAAGCGAGCACAAGAGAUCAGAGAACAGAUCUGGCUGCUCAAGGAUCGUGCUGCUGGUGUGCUCGGCGAAGGAUUUGAGCGUGCAGCGGCCAGUUUAGCAGCCACCGCGGCAGCAAGGCCUUCGGCACCACCAGCAGCUGAAUCAGGUGGCACAACACCAAGAUCGACGCCAGCAGCGUCUCAAGGUCCGCCAGUGGAACUCACGGAAUCUGAGAAGCGACUACGAGCACUAAAUAAGAAACUGCAACAGAUUGAGAAGAUCAGGGCUGCGCAGAAGGAGGGAAAGCCCCUGGAAAGUGGACAGCUGAGCAAACUGGAAUCCGAGGUGGAGAUUCGCAGCGAAAUUACAGAACUUGAGAAGCUGCUCAGUGCACUAUAACCACCCCAGAGACGUAUAGUUGAGUUAGAAUGCUUGAUACUGUUCACACUCAGCUGGUGUUGUGCCGGUAUGAAAGAUGUAUUUGUAAAUUCUCUAUGACGCUGGUCGUAUCAACAUACUGCUGGUGUCGUCGCGGUUGCUGUACAUGAAUUGUUUUAAACUGCCGCAUGUAGGCGAGCUUUUGCUGUAACGUUGUUUUUAUUUACUGUUGUUAUGCUAUCUGCGCUAUUCUGCUUCUCAAUUGCUGUGCUUUUUUGCCAUAUUUCAUGUAUUUACCUAGCUAUUUUAUUUUAUUUCAUUUGAAAACUGCAUGAUGAUUGGAAUCAUAGGAAAGUAACACUGACUGGCCAAAGAGUUUUGAUGGCACGUGUGUCAACAUGA